CCUCUUGAAUUCUCCUUCAGGCUUCCCAAGUUCUUUUGAGUGGUGAUCAAUCAGAGUGGAAUGCAUUGAUGGAAGCAGAAGGAAUGCUCAGUGAUGGCUCUGUGCGUGAUAAAUAUCUAGCUGAAGCUGCAAACGUCAUCUCUGCCAACUGCACAGUUGAUGGCAUUGCAUGUGAUGUAUCAUCCACGGAGGUUUUAAGGGAGCCAUUCUUCUCAGCAAAGCUUUUACGGCUUAUUGGAAUUCUUUCUGAAUUCAGGUUGCAGCGUGAUAUGAAGUGUAUCAUCUUUGUCAAUAGGAUUGUCACAGCAAGAUCCUUGUCUUACAUACUGCAAAAUCUUAAAAACUUACCCUCUUGGAAGUGUGGCUUUCUAGUUGGGGUCCAUUCUGGGUUGAAGAGUAUGUCCCGAAAAACAAUGAACAACAUUCUGGAGCAGUUCCGCACCGGAAAGUUGAAUUUGUUGGUUGCAACUAAAGUAGGCGAAGAAGGACUUGACAUUCAGACGUGUUGCCUCGUAAUCCGUUUUGACCUUCCAGAAACUGUUGCGAGCUUCAUACAAUCAAGAGGUCGUGCUCGAAUGCCCCAGUCUGAAUAUGCAUUUUUGGUGAACAGUGACAACCAAAAUGAGCGAGACUUAAUAGAAAGCUUCCAGGAAGAUGAACAAAGGAUGAACAUCGAAAUCUCUUGCAGAACAACUGAUGAGAAAUUUGAUAGUCCUGAGGAAAGUGUAUACAAAGUAGAAACAUCCGGUGCUUGUAUCAGUUCUGGAUACAGUAUUUCAUUGCUCUAUCACUACUGUGCAAAACUCCCUCGUGAUGAGUAUGCAUUGUUCUCUUUCGGUUCCGCGCUUCUUUCUUUGUUCUUUAACCCUAAGCCAGAAUUUUACUAUUUGAAUGACUUGGAGGGUACUGUAUGUCAGAUUAUCUUGCCUUCCAAUGCUCCCCUACAUCAAAUAAUCAGUGCGCCACAUUCUUGUAUGGAAGCUGCAAAAAAGGAUGCUUGUCUGAAAGCCAUUGAACAGUUACAUAAGCUCGGUGCACUAAACAAUUUUCUUUUGCCCGAGCGAGGGAGUUUAGAGGAAGAAUUAGCAGAGGAAGACUGCAUUGAGCCCGAAGGUGCAGAGCAGGGAUCCCGAGAACUUCAUGAGAUGCUUAUCCCCACAAUCCUGAAGGAAUCAUGGACAAGUACUGAGGAUGUUGUCCUAUUGAGCUCUUAUUAUAUAGAAUUCCAUCCAGUUCCAGAGGAUCGUACCUAUAAGAAGUUUGGUCUUUUUGUGAAGACACCUUUACCGCAAGAUGCUGCAAGCAUGGAACUUGAUCUGCAUUUGGCCCGUGGCAGAUAUGUUGCAACAAAGCUUGUCCCAUCCAGAAUGUCAGCCUUUAAUAGAGAUGAGAUUGUGCAGGCACAGAAUUUCCAAGAAAUGUUUUUCAAAGUCAUUCUCGACCGUUCUGAACUUACUUCUGGAUUUGUUCAUUUGGGAAAGAAUGGUUUCUCUAAAUCAAGCCCAACUUUCUACUUACUACUUCCCGUCAUUUUGGAUGGUUGUGGAAAUGAAGUGUUGGUUGAUUGGGAUAUCAUCAGAACAUGUUUAUCAUCUCCCGUUUUCAGAAGUCCUGGUGAUAUGAAAGUGGAGGAAGAUCCUAUCUCUGACACUCAUUUGCUACUAGCUAAUGGUCGUAAAAAGAUAACGGAUGUAGAAAAUAGCUUAGUCUAUGCUCCAUAUAAGAAAAUAUUUUACUUUAUUACCAACGUCAUUCCUGGAAAGAAUGGUUUCAGCCCACAUAAAGGUUCAGAACCUCCCAGCCAUAUGGAGCACUUGACUACAACGAAUAACAUCGAUCUGAAGUAUCCUAAACAGCCACUUCUACGUGCAAAACCACUGUUUCAGUUGCACAACUUGCUACACAAUCGAAUAAAAGAAAAAUCAGAAUAUUUGGAACUAGAUGAGUACUUCAUUGAUUUGGCUCCAGAGCUCUGCGAGUUGAAGAUUGUUGGUUUUUCUAAAGAUAUUGGGAGUUCAAUAUCUCUGUUACCGUCAAUCAUGCAUCGUCUUCAGAACUUGCUUGUGGCCAUUGAACUAAAGGGCUUAUUAUCUGCUUCAUUUUCCGAGGGAGCUGAAAUCACUGCCAAUAGAGUCCUGGAAGCGCUCACCACAGAAAAUUGCCAAGAACGCCUUUCUCUAGAACGACUGGAAAUUCUUGGUGAUGCAUUUCUCAAAUUUGCUGUUGGUCGACGCCUUUUUCUUAUGGACGAUCUUCUUGAUGAGGGGGAGCUGACCAACAAAAGAUCUAAUGCAGUUAAUAAUUCCAAUCUGUUCAAGUUAGCAGUUAGAAGCAACUUACAGGUGUAUAUACGUGACCAGCCAUUUGAUCCAUUUCAAUUUUUUGCUCUGGGCCAUCCUUGCAAAGUAAUUUGCACCGAGGAAUCAGAAGCAGCUGUUCAUAAUGUAUCUAGGUCCUCAGUAGAUAAUCCCAAUAGUGAAAUGAGAUGCAGUAAAAAUCAUCAUUGGCUGCACAAGAAAACAAUGGCUGAUGCAGUUGAAGCUCUUGUUGGAGGGUUUAUAGUCGAUAGUGGAUUCAAAGCUGCAGCUGCUUUCCUUAGAUGGAUUGGCAUUAAAGUUGAAUUCGGAGAAUCCCAAGUUACUGAGAUUUGUGCUGCAAGCAGUCGGUACAUGCCACUUGCUGCUUCUGUGAACAUUGCUACUCUCGAGAAGUCACUAGGGUAUUCCUUUCAUCACAAAGGCCUGCUUCUACAAGCGUUUCUUCAUCCUUCUUACAACAAGCAUGGAGGAGGCUGCUAUCAGAGACUGGAGUUUCUCGGAGAUGCUGUCAUGGAUUACCUUAUCACCUCAUAUUUGUUCUCAGUUUAUCCAAAGAUGAAGCCUGGGCACUUGACGGAUCUUAGAUCAGCAUUGGUCAACAAUAGGGCUUUUGCCAAUGUUGCAGUUGCUCGAUCUUUCCACAAGUUUCUUAUUAGUGAUUCCAGUGCCCUCUCUGAGGCCAUAGAAGCUUAUGUGGACUUUGUUCAAGCACCUGCUAAAGAAGGCGGUUUUCGUGAAGGGCCAAGAUGUCCCAAGGCACUUGGUGAUGUAGUUGAAUCUUGUAUGGGUGCCAUUCUUCUUGACACGGGGUUUGAUCUGAACCACGUCUGGAAGUUAGUACUAUCGUUUUUGGACCCUAUUAUGAAGUGUCCCAACCUGAAGCUCAACUAUGUUAGGGAGUUGCGAGAAUUAUGCCAGUCGUACAACUGGGUUUUGGAGUUUGAAUCAUCAAAGAAAGGAAGAGCCUUCUCAGUUGAAGCCAAAGUGAGCAGUAAAGAUGUGUCUCUAUCAGCCUCUGCAUGCUACUCAAACAAGAAAGAAGCCACGAUGAUUGCGUCCCAGAAAGUAUUUGCGAAUUUAAGGGCUCAGGGUCAUGGUCAAAAGUCCAACUCUCUUGAGCAAGUUUUGAAGCAUAGUAACAAGGAAGAGGCCAAGUUGAUAGGAUUUGAUGAAACUCCUGUCGACAUUGCCACUGCUGAUGCCUGUGAACCCAGAGGGCGUGUCUAUGAUCCCCAGCAUUAUUCACUCAAAAGAGUUGGUGAUCGUACACCACCACCUUGUUCGAGUUCUUCCAGCACAAAAUCCCAACCUUCAAUAGCAUUACGGGCAUCAGCUGUUAUCCACCAACGAUCAGCAAGAACGAGAUUAUAUGAAGUCUGCACUGCAAACUGUUGGAACCCUCCUUUGUUCGAUUGCUGCUUUGAAGAAGGACCAAGCCACUUGAAGUCUUUUGUUUUCAAGGUCACGGUGGAAAUUGAAGACUCACAGAGCAUGACGUUGGAGUGUUUUGGGAAUUCUCACACCAGGAAGAAAGUUGCAGCCGAGAGCGCAGCAGAGGCCGCACUAUGGUACCUUAAACAUGAAGGUUAUGUACUAUGAAAAGACUGGCUGACCAAUUUUAACACCAGGAUAGAGAUCUUCAUGGCUAUGUUUAUCACAAGAAACCAGCCGGGUCUUCAUCUCCAUUACUGAAGCUUGUAGGUAUUUGAUCAACUGGUAGAUAUGCUAAUGCUGAUAGUAGUGUUGUUUGUUUCCGGGCUCUCUUGUAUUUUCUUUUUGUGUAGAUGACCCGCCUAAGCUAUAAGCUAGAUGGUACCAGUCUGGGCACAAUGUCUUAGACUGAGGAAUCUGAUAGAUCCUGUCUGUAACUGAGACCUAAUUGUUGAGCAUUGCUUAACCCAGGGAACAUAUUGCACACAUAUAUAUAGAGAGAAGCUAAUCCUUAAACAGGAAUGGCAACAGUCUGUGCCCAUUGCUUCUUAACAUUGCAAGUCAGGUCAUUGCGGGUCCCAGAU